AUGAGUGGCACCUGUUCGUCAAUGCACUCGCCGAGCAGUACGCUGCUGCGGAGAUUUCCAAGACGGCCCCUGACAGACUGCGGUCUACAUCGGCAGCGUGGCGGCAGAACAUGGACUGCGUCUGCGACCCAAAGCCCCGGGCUUGGAUCGCGACGACGCAUUAGACUCAUGCCCCUCGGCGGCUCCAUCACCUACGGCAGCAAAUCCUCCGACGGCAACGGCUACAGAAUGCCGUUGUGUAAGCUCCUCGCCGCAGACGGUCACGUUGUCGAGAUGCUGGGCUCUCGACGGGCGGGCACCAUGGCUCAAAACCGCCACGAGGGGUGGCGCGGGUUCCGAAUCGACCAGCUCCAGGCCAAGGUUGUGCAGUCCGUGUCCGGGUUUUCACCGGACGUGAUUACGUUCAACGCCGGGAGCAACGACUGCCGCCAGCAGUACGAAAUUGACACGGCGGGCCGGCGGGUACGACACUUGCUGGAGGGUCUGUGGGCGGCGUCGCCGCGGACUACGAUUGUUUUGUCUACCUUGGUUAGGAGUGCGGACGAGAAGGCGGAAGAGGCGGUGUCGCGUGUGAAUGAACAGAUUUGGGGGAUUUCAGAGGAAUUAGUUGCGGCGGGGAGGAAGUUGGUGAUGGUGGAUAUGCAUGUUAAGGCGUUGGGUUUGGAGCAUUUGGCAGACGGGACGCAUCCCAAUGAUGAGGGAUACGCGGAGAUGGCGAGGAUUUGGUAUGAUGGUAUUAAGGAGGCUGAAUUAAAAGGCUUUCUGUUGUAG